AUGAAUCAACCCAAGUUUCAAGUUAUUAUUGUCGGCGGGUCAAUUGCAGGGUUGACUUUGGCACAUUGUUUACAGCGGGCCAAUAUUGACCACAUUGUGCUCGAAAAGGGGCAAGACAUUGCUCCACAAUUAGGAGCGUCUGUCGCCAUCUUUCCCAACGGAGCGCGGAUCCUUCAGCAACUCGGAAUCUAUGAAGAUGUAGAAAAUUUGAUUGAGCCUGUGGGACUUGUUCAUGCGACGUAUCCCGAUGGCUUCUACUACAAUACCAGCUAUCCUCAUGAAUUAACAAGAAGAUUCGGUUACCCCAUCUCUUUUCUCUCUCGUCAAAAGCUGCUUGAGAUUCUGUACAAGACAUACCCCGAUAGUUCUAGAAUACUUACCGGCAAAAGGGUCACUGAGAUCCGCCAUCUGAAGAAUGGCUCUUGCGUGCUAACAGACGACGGGUCAGUCUACAGGGGAGAUUUGAUUGUGGGCGCCGAUGGAGUCCACAGUCGAGUCCGCUCGGAGAUUUGGAAGCUAGCAUCGCAAGAUCCUGGACAGGUAACAGCAAAAGAGAAGUCAAGUAUGACCGCGGAGUUUGUAUGUCUUUUCGGCAUGUCGUCCCCCGUUCCUGGCCUUGACGCUGGGGAGCAAGUCAACGCCUUCUUUGACGGACUCACCAUUGCGACAAUCCACGGCAAGAACGGUCGAUUGUUCUGGUUCUUUAUCAAGAAGCUUGACCGAAAAUACCCUUAUGCAGAUAUGGCCCGGUUUUCAAGCGACGAUGCAGCGCAAUUCUGCAGCCGGAUUGGGGCCGUGCCCAUCCGGAACGGCGUUUGUGUUCGAGAUGUCUGGCAAAACCGAGAGGCUUUUUCAAUGACCUUUCUUGAAGAAGCCUUCUUUGAAACAUGGCACUAUGAUCGAAUGGUGCUGAUCGGUGACAGUAUUCAUAAGGUGACUAGCCGUUUUGAUUAG